UUUAUCUGGGCCUGUGUGUGCUCUAGUGUUUUCAAAGAAGCCCACAAACCAACAUGAAAUGAAAAGUUGAAGCACUGUGACUUGGAGGCCAGCUUUUAUAGUGCAACCAUAGGAAGCGUCUCCACUACAGCCUUUCACCACACAGGAGGCAGACUGAAGAUGUAGGCAGCUGGUAAAUGUGAAAGCAAUGAAAAGGUGUUCUGAGGUUGACGGUGCUUUCCACAGUACAAGUAUUUUCUGGGAAGGGCAUAAGAAGGGAGAUAAACAGAUGAUCGUGGAAAGCUGAGAAGUAGCUGUAGCAGACCAAGAUGUUCCAAAGAGAAGAUCACAGCAAAAAGGUCCUCAGGCUCCAGCAGCAACCAGCUGAACAGAUUGCAGCAGUGAAGGUGCUGCCAUGAGGAUCGGGAGGUGUCCUGUCUGCUUCAGAGCUUGUCUUUUGGUCCUGUUGGGUAAACAGCAGAGAGAGCCCAAUAUAGAGGCAGAGCAAAUGUUUUAAGAGAGCUGACAAGCCAGCUCCUGUACAUACAUGUAUCUGUGUAAGAAUACUCCAAGUCCAGGGGCCUCUGUGACACUGCGUGGAUGUAAGAACUGUUGCAUGUGUGGGGUUAGACUGCUUUUUGAGUGAUGAUUCUCCGCCGAAGAUUUGUUCUAUUUCUCCCCCGAUUUGUAGGCCUGCUGAUGGUGGCCUGUUGCUUGGUGACAAUUGUUUAUAUGUUGGCUUGCACACCCAAGGGUGACAAUCAGCAGCUUUCCUUGCCCAGGGUGCACAGUCCGACUAUGAAGGAGGGAUAUGAAGCCAUUCUGCAAGAGCGAGAAGAGUAUCACCUCAACUACAUCAUCAGUUUGAAGAAACAAAUUGCCCAGCUGAAGGCUGAGCUCCAGGGCAGGAGUGAGCAGUUUAAGAACAUGCAGGACCAGCACCCAGACCCUUUGGGCAUUCGACUUGACCACAGCAACCCGGAGAAGGCCCAGGCUAAUCUGCUGGCUUUCCUCCGUUCCCAAAUAGACAAAGCUGAGGUGCACAGCGGCAUUAAGCUGUCCACAGAGUAUGCGGUUGUGCCCUUUGAGACCUUUACUCUUCAGAAGGUGUACCAGCUGGAGACAGGGCUGACGCGCCACCCAGAAGAGAAACCUGUAAGGAAGGAUAAGCGAAAUGAGUUGAUAGAGGUGAUAGAGUUAGCUGUUGGGAGUUUGAACAAUCCAGAGGGGAAUGGCAAUGCAAAACACCGUGUGUACACAGCCUCUGACUUCAUUGAAGGGAUUUACCGUACUGAAAAAGACAAAGGCACAUUGUACGAGCUGACGUUCAAAGGAGACGCAAAGCAUCAGUUCAAGAAGAUUGUUUUAUUCCGACCAUUUGGUCCUGUAAUGAAAGUGAAAAAUGAAAAUGUCAAUGUAGCUGACACACUUAUUAAUGUCAUUGUGCCAUUGGCCAAGAGAGCCAGCAAAUUUCGGCAAUUCAUGCAGAAUUUCAGGGAAAUGGGCAUUCAGCAGGAUGGGAGAAUUCACCUCACUGUAGUUUAUUUUGGAAAAGAACAAAUGAAUGAAGUCAAAUCAAUACUUGAAAAUACCUCCAAGUCAGCCAACUUCAAGAACUUCACCUUCAUCCAGCUGAAUGAAGAAUUUUCCAGGGGCAAAGGAUUAGAUGUUGGUGCUCGAUUUUGGAAAGGAAACAAUGUUGUUCUCUUUUUUUGUGACGUGGACAUAUACUUCACAGCUGAAUUCCUAAACUCCUGUAGAUUGAACACACAGCCAGGGAAGAAGGUGUUUUAUCCUGUCCUCUUCAGCCAAUAUAACCCCAGUAUAAUUUAUGGCCACCACGAUUCCAUCCCAUCUUUAAAACAGCAGCUGGUUAUUAAGAAAGAAACUGGAUUUUGGAGAGACUUUGGGUUUGGGAUGACUUGCCAGUACAGAUCUGAUUUUAUCAACAUAGGUGGCUUUGAUCUGGACAUUAAAGGAUGGGGUGGUGAAGAUGUACAUCUGUACCGCAAAUACAUUCACAGCAACCUCAUGGUGAUCCGAACGCCUGUCAGGGGUCUUUUCCAUCUGUGGCAUGAAAAACAGUGCCUGGACGAGCUGACCCCAGAGCAGUACAAAAUGUGCAUGCAGUCCAAGGCCAUGAACGAGGCUUCUCACGGCCAGCUUGGGAUGCUUGUUUUCAAGCAAGAGAUAGAGACACACCUGCACAGACAGAAAUGGAGCAAGAAGAAGACAUGAAGCCAGAAAAGGGAGGCAAAACCCCUCUGAAUUGGACUGUAUGGUGUUUUGGAAAAGAGCUGCUAACAAGAGAAGAUGAGAUGAGACUGAAAGAGGAUGGUGAUUCCAGCAGGAUGGCGGCAGCAGCAGAUGAGGGAAAGCGCUUGCUCUCCCACCUUCUGUUUUUUUUUUUCUUAAUAGGACUUUUAAGUACUCCGUCAGCCUGACUCUUCAGCACUUGCUUAUGGGGCAGACCUGAACACCUGAUGAGAUUCAAGGUCACAGAGGCAAUAAACAUUAUAUAAAUGACAGUGUGGUAUUCACAAUAACAAAUGGAUGUGCUCUUCCAUUGAAAUGUUUGGAAGAUGUGCACAGUUAUUUAAAGGAUUGACCCGCUGGUGGGUCAAUAAUAAUGAGAUACUUUCUACAUCUAGCCUGACAUAUCUAAAAGGAUCUAUUUUUGAAUAUUUUGAAGGGCAGAGUGCCUGCUCUGGGAAUGCCAUCUGAUUGUUAACCAUGAUUAAGCUGGAGUGACCAAAAAUCUUCUUCGCUCAAGGAGCUGGGGUGGGGUAGCAACAGCAGUGAACUGACAGGGUAUUCCCAAUUCACUCAGAGGCAAAAGGCACCUCAGAAAGUGCUUUCAAAAAUCUAGGAGAAAGCCCUACUGAUCAAGUGUGAUGUUUCAAAAACACUGGAAAGUAGUGCUUGUUCUCUUCUGCAGACAGCAAACCAAAAGCACUGAGCCAUGUUAUAUCACAUGAAUCAGAUGGUGUAUUUCUGCUUUAGAAUACUGUAAGUAUCUCAAGAUUUAUUUUUAAAUUAAUUUGGUUUUGCUUGGGAAUUAUUUUGUCAUACUUCAAGUUUUCUACUUCUAGCCUUACUAGGAAAUAGUAACAGCCUUCCAAGACUUGAAAAAUGCUCUGCAGAUCUGUGUUUCCUAUGAAUGGGAACUGGGUUCAGAUAAGUAAAGGGAUUUUUCUACACAGUCUGGGUGCUGGGAGACAGAAGCUUUACCAUGCAGAAGAAAAGGAUAUAUAUAUAUCAACUUGCAGUACUGAUUUAGCUGGAGGCUUUAAACACUGAAUGUCAGAUAACAAAAUUAAUGACCAUUAAUCAAUACCAAAGUAUUCCUUUUAAACCAAAUGUAGAAUCUUGCCGAGAGCAUAGAAAGCUUUUUGUAAUUAACAAAAUAAAUUUCUGUGAUGGAUUACUGGACCAAGAAAAUUCUCUUAUCAUAAUUAUAGGUGCAUCCUUCUUAAUAGAUUAUUUCCAAUUGCCUAAAUAUGUUGAAAGCAUGAGUUACUGUUCUUAUAAAGCAUUUUUCUUUUAAUGCUG